GACGCAAAACAAAAUGGCGCGCUACUGCGUUUUUGCUUGUGCGUUGGCACCUGCUUCGAUCAUGCGCGUCAUGUCACGCAACUCGUAUAGUGUGCCUGUCAGAAACUAGGCGAACGAUUCCGCGCAUCCUCAGAACUGUCGUGUUAGGCGUCAUUAUGAUGGCACCGCGUCGUGCCGCCGCUUCGAAGGCACUUCGACCGAAGCGCACGAGUGACGUUGCCGGCAAGCUCACGUAGCUUAGUUCGCAAGACUCAAAAAAGCCAUGUCUGCGGUUCACAUAUGGCGUGUUUUGCUAAGCUCUUCCACGCUAGUCUCCGUGCUGGUUGUGUUGUGCAGGACUUCUGGGUGCCUCGCGCUGGAGAAGAGCCGACCCGACUACACUGUCUAUCACAACCUGUCAGCUGUGUAUGCCGAAGUCGCUGCCUUGGCUGAAGCUUACCCGACUUACGUCCAGGUUGAUCACAGGUUCAAAUCACGCAACGGCCUCUCCCAACUGGUUGUGAGGCUCGCUAACUUCUCCGACAGUACGCUGCACACGGCGCCGCAGUUGCGAAGCUUCAAGGUUCGUGCGCUGCUCCUGUUCGGGCAGCGCGGCGGGGAGCUUGUGACCGUCGAAAGUGCCCUGCAUUUCUUGCGGCAGCUGUUUGCGGGACUCUCGGCUCCCAGUCACACCGUUGAAGGAGCCGUUAGCCGAAAUCUCCUGUCUAAAGUCGACCUACACUUCAUAGUUCUGGUGAAUCCCGACGGAUUCAAUCAUGCAGAACGAACGGGUGACUACUGCUACGACGGGACGGCGUCUGGGGCAAAGAUGAACUCUCUCUUCACAUGGGAGUUAGAUAAGCAGUUAACAGCUGAGCCUGAAACCCAGGUCCUGCUGAACUUGAGCCGGGCACAGCCGUACGACGCAUUUGUUGCCUUCCAUUCGGGUAACCGGGAGAUCCACCUACCUUAUGCAGGUGUGCAGCCUGGGAUGUUUGACCACAAGCCAGCCAACCUGGAGGCAAUGACAGCAUUCGCCAAGGAAGUUGCAUUGGCAGUCAAGCCAAAGUUUGUCUACGGACAGGCACGGCACCUGUUAAAGAGGCAGCUCAACGGGACAGCCUUGGACUUCAUGGCUGGAGUGCGCAAGGUCCCAUUCUCGUUGUCUAUUGGCCUCUGGGAAGGCCUCGUCAGUGCCUCAACGUCCGAUUGCUUCCGGCAACUGAAUCCCGACAGUGCUUUGCUCAAGAAAACCCUGGAAGAGCUGCACCCGCUGUACCCGGCCAUGUUUUUGCACCUGAUACAGUGGAAGGAGCAGCAGUCGCGCCACGCCUUCAGCAUCGAGAAUGACGGGCCGUCCCUUCUGGUCUGCAUCGCCAUGCUCUCUCUAGUCGUGCUGGUGAUGGUCCUCUUCACCUGCCAACGCCGGCUGCCCGACUCGAUGCGCUUCUACCCGAGGCGUCGUGUGGUCAGCCUCAAGAUGCUGAGCUCAUCACUGCAUGGCAGCUGAUGGCGGCUCCCGCUUCGCUGAUGUGUUGGAGUAGCUGCCGUGUUUACCCGAAUCACAUGUUGCCUGUUGUGUUUAUGUUGAUAUGUUUUGCCAUUACUCUGUAGCGUUUGUAAGAAUGAUCUGGAGAGAUACUUUUGACUGCUGAGAAAGUUAGGGAAAAGAAAAAGAAACUAGACUGCAGAUUCGUGCUUUUGUGGAUUGAAAGCAUUAACUGUGACAGCUCGUUGAAUGGCCGUGGUCGUAAACCUAUACGCUUGCACAUUUUAAACGGUCCAUUGUGUAUCGUUGUGCCAUAUGUCGCCGAAUAUUCAGUAAUGUGCACUCCCAUUGUCCUCAUCACAUAAAACUUUGCAAGAGUUUGCAACUUAGCGGGAGAGUAACAUGAAAGCAGGGUUUGUCAAAAGAUGAGAGGGAGUCGCCUCUCUAGAGAAGAAUAAAGAUGUCAGCUGAGAGGCCAGGUAACAAGUUUCUAACAUCAGCUAGACCUGAUGAUAAUGCAACACCGAAUAAAUGAUUUGAGCUCCAACCAAUUCGAUGGCAAAAGCAGUCAUAUCCACGGGCUCGUCAUUGUAAGGGCCUUUUUAAAUGGUACAGGCAGCAGUGGCUCAUUGGCCAUUAAUUGCAGUCACAGAUCAGCCAUUUGAAACUAUAAGGCAGCUCCGCUUGGAUCGCAAGGGGCUAUGUGUGUCUCUAGUCGUGCUGGUGAUAGUGUUCUUCACAUGCAAGCAUCAGCUGCAUGUGAAGCGUCAGCUGCAGGUCAGCUGCACGUGGCGUCGUUACUCUCAAGACGCUUAGCCCGUCACUGCACAGCAGCCAAUGGCGGUAGCCGCGUGAAUGAGAUGUAUUUUAACACGAUGGCGUUAAGGAGCCUGUGUCGCAGAAAUUCUGGCAUCGUCAUUGUUGCUUGGGAGCGAGAAAUCAGCCUUUAGAUACAGUUCAAACUCGAUUUCACGAAGGGAUGAGCGUGCCUGAAUUAUUUCGUUAAAUCAGGAAGUUUGUGAAAUCGAGAAAUGUAUGUUUCGGUCCUUAGAAAUCUAAAAUUGUAACGUAGCGACACCUGAAAACUACUGCGGCAUUUUAUUUGCCACAAACACCCGCCUGCAUGCAUAGGUCGGCAAAAAAGUGUGGAGCUCACUCAGACUCACUCAAGAAAUAUAUUUUGUGCUUAAGGCUCACUUGGACUCAGACUCAUUAAAGUUUUCCUCAACCGGACUCGCUCGGACUCAGACUCACCAAAAUAUUACUCACCCCGACUCACUCAGACUCGUGGCUUCGUCUGAGUCUGAGGGAGUCUGAGUGAGUCGACUCGUGAGUGAUUUGGCCGACCUAUGCCUGCACGUGUGAAAAGUCCACGAGGGCAGCUUCUCAUGUCCUGACCACACAGGCGUGGUAGAAGGUCACGUGAAGCUAUGACAAGCUGCCGAUAUGCAAACACGGGGAGAAAGAAUGCAGUGAUUGUGCCAAGCAGGCAGAGCAAGAAAGAUGCAAAGAGACGAUGAGUGCCAUCUGUCGCAUAAACCAUUAACCAACGAAAGAAACCACCGUGUUCCUGUGGAAGCAUUUACAGGAACAACAAACCACCACCACCCCUAGCGCCAUUUGGUAACUGAAAGCGCUACUGACUGUUGGGGCUGUUGUUCCCUGCAUGGGCGCGACGUGCAGCUCCGUCAAAAUAAAACUAGGGUCGUCCCAAGGGUAGCUAUGUCUUUUAAUGCCUAUCGUUAUGGCACACGCCCGAAGAAAAACCUGUCUAUGUCAAAAGUAGAAAGAAAUCGCGGCAUUUUUUACUCAUUUAUCCCCGUAAAAACUUCGUUAAAUCGGGUUUAGUGCCAUGGUAGCUUCGCUAAUUCAAGUUGAUUACAACAUUGAAUCAUAUGGGCAUCGGCCGGGGAAUGGAGAUUCCCUCUGUAGAUCGAAAAAAUUCGUUAAAUUGGGUUUCGUUAGACAGGGCUGUAACUGUGAUGUAAAUAAAUUAAAAAUAAGAAUCUUCAGUUCAAGUGGAGAUCGAACCCAGGGCUUCUCCAUGGCAGUCAAGUGUUUUACCACAGAGCCACACCAGUGCUUGAAACUGCUUCAGAAAAGAACCCUACACUGGUGUCAUGUAGAUACAAGGAGCCCCGGCGUUAACACAUGUAAUAUUGUGGGGCAGAUGGGUAAAAUCGCAUCAGGCAUGACACCAUCUGAACUGUAGCACGAGUGGGUGGUUUAUAGUCCCACAAAGGGCUAAGGCACAUUUAAUUAUCGUCAGCAACAGCAUCAACAAAUUGCGCAGCUGCGUGUUUUGCCUUGCUGAUGCAUAGUGGGUAUUCGCUGAUUUGCACUGUGAUGAACUGCGGCAUAGUGCACGUAUGUGCACACGGCUGGCCAACCACGUUCGCCCACCGAGGUUGUAUCAGUGUAGUGCAUAAGGUGAUUAUUCAGAAAGUUACCAGAUAAGGUUUCUAACUGUAACUUAUGUUUAUGCAUUUUUGAGCCAUUCUUUGUCACUGCGCUAAUUGAUUUUUAUCAUGUGGAGCACAAAAAUCCACCUUCCUUACUCUAAUUCGGUUGUGGAUCUCUCCGUGUGUACUACAUAAUGUGUUCACACUAACACAUUUGGAUGGGACGAGGCAAGCUACUAUAUAUGUCAGCAUUAUAGGACACACAAAACACUGUACGCAGGUCCCGCAUUAGUACUCUGUGUUAGUAUUACCUGUUUGUUCAUUGUCCAUACGUCAUAAGUAAGCUUGGCAAGAUGCGUGCAGUAAGCACUGCAAAUGUCCGCAGUUGCAGGUUGUGCUAAAUGCUACUUGUCUAGUGCAUUAAGUCACUAUUGUCGAUAGUGGAUGGAGGUAACAUCCUGCCAUGCUUAUGUGUUGUAGCAGGCUGCUGAUACUUCUGCGUUUAGACUUAGCAUUGCACUGUGAUGUUCUUGUCACUUCGUUACAUAUUCCUAGCAUGCAUGUCUCGUUGUUUUGGUAGGCAACAUGUGUAGAAGGGAGAAUGUGAAUGUUAGGUGUGAACGUGUCCUUGACGGAGCCUCUUGUGCCUACAGCUGUCAAUGUUCGACUGGCGCAGGCACCCUAAGUGCCAUUUCCUGAUGCGGUGUUAUAAUGUAGUGCCCAUUUUCUUCAUUGGACCGCGGCUUCUUUCAGUGGGGAACGUAGAGGCACUCUGUACAUUGUGUGCUAUAACUGAUUGAUUGCAAAUCCUGUGUACAGCUGUUUGUUUGUUUGUUGCACUGUUCCCGGUGUUAUACUAUAUGUAUAGGCUUAGGUGUAGUUAAAUGGGUUUUUUAUCUUUUCAUUCGGGAGGCUUGGCAAAAGAAUUUCACAGCAUGGCUACUAUAUUUUCUGUAAUUGUGGGGAGCAUUCUUGUGGAUUUCAAGGCAGUUCUGCCGACCUGAAACGUCAGUGUAUCAUUUUAGUGUAAUCAUCAAAUGGUGACUCCUUGGUUUUAAUUUAACUUGUUAAAUCUGCCCAUUUGGUUUGCCAUAUGCAAGAUGCGAGUGUUCCGGCGUGGGUGGAGGCAAAAUGCUAAAGGCCCAUGUGCUGUGGAAUGUCAGUGCACAUUAAAGAACACCAGAUGGUCGAAAUUUCCGGAGCCUUGCUUUAUGGUGUGCCAGAUAAUCGUAUCAUGGUUUUGGCACAUAAAACGGCAACUAUUAUUAUUAUUGACUGUUCUGUCAAGGAAAAAGUGGUAACAAAUCGGGGCACAUCUGAAAGAAACUUACAUGUUGGUAUUUUUACUGUCACUAAAAUGAAAUUUAGGCAUAAAUUUGCAUCUUUAGAGCUACAUACCUUCCUUGUAACUCUUUCUCUAUCCUUUUGUGUUCAGUAAAACGUGCUUCGUGCAUUAAAAAGGGCUUAGAUGUUGUUCACAGGAAACUAGUUUGUAGCAUACACUCGUGGGAGUCUUUCGACGUUUGUGAACACCAUUCAAUUGUGUGCCUUGGAAGAAGUGUUUUUUGCACAUGCCACGAACAUAUCCUAACUAGCCUGAAUCGGCAUAUUUUGCAUAUGCUUCAAACGCAUCUUCAUCUUACCGGCUGUUGUUGAUUGACCGGCUGUUAUCCCGUCGAGGCUACUGUCCCUCAUUGGUUGACCAAUCAGCAGCUUUUACUCUAGUUAAAUCGCACAUGUAAGCUUACUGAUGUCAUGAAGUGCAAAAAAGGAACUUUGAAAGCCUGGAUACAUUGUGUUUUGAAUUUGUAGUUUACCCAGUGAUUUUAUCAUUGUCGUGUUAACUAGCGAUGAUCGUUGUGCCACUCUGUACAUGAUGUGGAAUUUUAAAUAUUUUUUAAUUACAAAAAGUUAAGGAACCUUCAGACACUGAGAAUGCACUGUAAGAAAGCACAGCAAAAAUGGAAAAAUAAGUAACCCCUGCUUAAACCAUGAA